UCUACAAAGUCAAGCACGAGUAUAUGAGCGAACCGGAAACGGAAAGCGAUCGUCCGAGAAAAAUGGCACAGUUAGGUCCACGGCAAUACGAUGGGAUCGGUCCCGUUACCAACGAUGGAAUGCCCAUCAUACUCAGAUCGGAGGUCCAGGAACCGCAUCAGCAUGAAUGGUAUAAGCGACUCUAUCAGACCAUACAUAAGCAGAAGAAUGGCGACGAUUUUGUGAUACGCUACAAGUGUCCCAGAGCGCGUCCUUCGUACAAGAGCAACGGUUAUGUCUCAGAGCCCGAGCCGAACUACGAUUCGGAUUACUCAACAGUAAAAUAUCGUACACCCAAUCCGCUGCGCGUGCAAUCGGUUUUCAAAUCGGCUGUAAAUGUGCGCAAUCUGAACCAGGACGACAAGUAUGUCAGGCGAAACCUAUAA